UCUGGGGCUGGCCACGCCUGCGCAUUUAGCGCUGAGCCGAAGAUCCCAGCGACCCCUGCGUGCGGCCCCUUAGGCCUCGGGCUGCCCCGCGCUCGCUUCUCGUGGGCAUCACUGUGAAAACGGUUCGGAGUCCAGCUCUGGUUUCUGUGAACUCUGGUUCUCCAGGCAAGUAAACCCCAAGGAAUACUGACCAGUUCUUGAAUUUAUAAACUAUGGCCCAUGGAUCAGUGAUAUUCAGUGAUGUGUCCAUAGUCUUCUCUCAGGAGGAGUGGGAAUACCUGGACUUGCAACAGAGGGACUUGUACAGAGAUGUGAUGUUGGAGAACUACAGCAAUUUAGUCUCAUUGGGAAGCUUCAUUUCUAAACCAGUUGUGAUUUCCUUACUGGAACAAGGAAAAGAGCCCUGGAAAGUUGUGAGGAAAGAAAGAACACUAUAUUCAGAUUUGGAGACCAGGUAUGAAACCAAGAGGUUAUCCUCAGAAAAUGACAUUAAUGAAAUAAACUUAGUCCAGUGGAAGAUAAUGGAAAGAAUUAACACACAUGGCCUUAAGAAUCUAAUUUUAAAAAAUAAUUGGGAAUCCAAAAAAAAUUUUAAAGGACAAGAGGGAUAUUUUGGACAAGUGAAAAUAACAUCUCAAAAAGUGUCCUCUUACCAGAAACACACAUCUCUUACUCCACAUCAGAGAAUUCAUUUUGUUGAGAAACCCUAUGAAUGUAAAGAAUGUGGGAAGGCCUUUAGAGUACGCCAACAACUUACUUUUCAUCACAGAAUUCACACUGGUGAAAAGCCCUAUGAAUGUAAGGAAUGUGGGAUGGCCUUUAGACAGACUGCCCACCUUAAUCGACAUCAGAAACUUCAUAUUGUUGAAAAACAGUAUGAAUGUAAGGAAUGUGGAGAAUCUUUCAUGUCUGGCUCAGACCUUAGAGUACAUCAGAAAAUUCAUACUGGUGAGAAGCCGUAUGAUUGUAAGGAAUGUGGGAAGGCCUUCAGAGUGCGUGGGCAACUUACUCUUCAUCAGAGGAUUCAUACUGGUGAGAAACCCUAUGUAUGUACAGAAUGUGGAAAGGCCUUUAGACAGUAUGCACACCUUACUCGACAUCAGAAGCUUAAUACUGCUGACAAACUCUAUGAAUGUAAAGAAUGUGGGAAAGCCUUUUUGUGUGGCUCUGGCCUUAGAAUACAUCACAAACUUCAUACUGGUGAGAAACCUUACGAAUGUAAGGAAUGUGGGAAGGCCUUUAGAGUGCGACAACAACUAACACUCCACCAGAGAAUUCAUACUGGUGAGAAACCCUAUGAAUGUAAGGAAUGUGGAAAGACCUUUAGUCGUGGUUAUCAUCUUAUUCUUCAUCACAGAAUUCAUACAGGUGAGAAACCUUAUGAAUGUAAAGAAUGUUGGAAGGCUUUUAGUCGUUACUCACAACUUAUUUCACAUCAGAGCAUUCAUAUUGGUGUUAAACCCUAUGACUGUAAGGAAUGUGGGAAGACCUUUAGACUACUCUCACAACUUACACAGCAUCAGAGUAUUCAUAUUGGUGAGAAACCCUAUAAGUGCAAGGAGUGUGGGAAGUCCUUUAGAUUGCGCCAAAAACUUACUUUACAUCAGAGCAUUCAUACUGGGGAGAAACCCUUUGAAUGUAAGGAAUGUAGGAAGGCCUUUAGACUUAAUUCAUCACUUAUUCAACAUCUGAGAAUUCAUUCUGGGGAGAAACCCUAUGAAUGCAAGGAAUGUAAGAAGGCCUUUAGACAGCAUUCACACCUAACCCAUCAUGUGAAAAUUCAUAAUGUAAAACUAUAAGAAAGCCUCAGUCCUGUGUUGUAGAAUCUUUAUGGGUGUAGUAAUUAAUUCCUUUUGCUUCAUACAUGCAAUCAUCUUGGCAUAUGUGGUUUUGUAGAAUUUUUAAAAUGUGGUAAUUUAGAAAAAAACCUUUGAAAAUGGCAGUGUGUCCCGAGCCUUGUCCCAGAGCAGAUAGAACGAGCAACUAAAUCGAAUAACAUCCACCCCAAAUUGGCGAAGUAGACACAGCUGGUGAGACAGUUCGCAGCCGGGAAGGGCAGAGAACACCUGGAGAACGGUAAAAUCAGGAAUCUGGGCUGGGGAGAACUGUGAGACCUUCCAGCCCAGAGGGUCAGAGGGAAACCGCAUGGCACAGAGUCCGUGUCCCUUGGGUCAGGCACAGCAUCUCUCUGUGGAAAGAAGGUCUGCAGGACUGCUGGUGGCAGGGGAUUCUAGAUCUGGGUCCACAGUCACGACAGACUGAGCCCAGAGGGGGCAUUCAGGACAGCUGCCCAGACCUCACUUUGCAGGGAGGAGGGGGGUUCACACAGGUACAGCUCUUUCCCCUCCUGUGGUCUUCGCUUUUCUUUGCUGAACCUAGUUCAUAGGACCUUUCGGAUAUGGACACUCACCUGCGGCUGAGGUGUGGACUUGUGGAGUCUGGGGAGAGGAGAGGGUCCGGGAGAGGUGGCCACGAGUCUGGCACUGAGUCAUACCUGAGCCCGGAACCUGGGCAGCCAUUUUCUCCUGAAGAGAUAGCCCCUCCCUGCAGUCUCCAGGCAACCAAUACAGCCACACCCAGACUACACCCUGAGUGGUACAAAGGGGAAAAAAAAUCUGAAUAGCCCCUGAGAAUCCACAGGGACUGGCCUGAAGAGAGGCCUUCAGUCCCAGCAACAGGAAACUGAGAAGCCACAAAGAGUACCGAAGAGUGGGAUCUUAAAGGAAUGCCAAAGGAAUGACACUUCACUUUUUCGUUUUUAUUUUAUUUUAAUAUUCUUAUCUCUUUUUCCUUUCUUCUUUAUUUCCCUUUUUUCAUUUGUUUCUUUAUUUUCUAUUUCUUUUUCGCAUUAUUUUUCCAUCAUUCUAUUUUAUUUUUUAUCCUCUUUUUUAAUCAACUUUUUCAAUUUAUUAUUAUCAUUAUCAUUAUUUUCUUCUCUUUUUCUUCUUAUGCACUAAUCCUCUUUCUACUUUCUCUAUACUAAACUGAGGUCCUCCCCAUAUUCAUCCAAUUCUUAACGUUACUUUCUGUAUAUAAGAUUCUGCCCCCACCCUCUUUACUGGGAAUUUGGUGUUUGUAAGUUUUGGUUUACCUAUUUGUUUUCUGGUGCUCCCACCCCCCGCACCCCCCAUAUAUAUUUUUUCCUUUUUUCGUUUUCUUUCAUACCAUUUUUUCUCUCUUAUCAUUUGUGCUCUCUUUUCUCUCCCCUACUUCUCUUUUCUCUGGUGGUCACUUAUAUUGGGGUUAUUGGUGUCGUGAGUACAUUCGUGUUUUGUUCCCUUUAUGUCGUGUCUUGUCAAAGUGAAUUUUAACCUGUUUGGCCUAGAGAGUGAGCUAGAAAGUAAGCCACAUAACCAGACCCUCGGAGAGGAGACUCCAUCCACGAGUGGGUCAAUAACACUCCAGGCCCAACAACAGAGGCAGUAAGAAGGCAGCAGUAAGGGAGAGAGCAUGAGUGAGGGGGAGCAAAAGAGUGUGGGGUGUGUGUGACUGAGGCACACUUAGAUCCCACAGGACCUUUGGGGGCAGGCUAACCGGGCUCACCUAACUACGCAGCCUCUGUUACCAUUGCAAACAGUCCCAGAGCGGCUGGCUCUUCCUCAGAGGCCUCGCCUUUUUGAAGGGGAGAGCUGCUGUGACCAAGAGCCCAGCCUCACCUCCACCCAGGGUGCCCUCAGAUAACACCCGGGACUCUACAGCCACCCCUGCCAGGGACCUGCUACCUUGGCUGCAGUCCCACAGUCACCGAAACUCCAGCCACCCUGGGCACAGGCUCCUGUGAGUUCCAAAGCAUGCUCCCCUUUGACCAGCCCAACACUUUAGCCCAGGGCACUGCGACCAUGCGAGCAGCAGCCCCGCAAGCAGCCUCAUGUGGCCUGCUCCCAUCCGAGGAGCAGCAGCUGUGCAUGCAGCCCACACCCAUCCAAGUAGCAGCAGCUGUGUGAGAAGCCCACCCUGGUCAAAAGAGCAGCCUGCACCCCCCGCCCCCCCAAAGGAGCAGCAGCCACAUGAGCAGCCCGCCCAUGACCAAGGAGCUGCAGCCUCAUGCGGCCCACCCCCAUCUGAGGAGCAGCAGCCUCACGCACAGCUCACUCCCAUCUAAGGAGCAGCAGCUGUGUGAGUGGCUUGACCUGGUCCGAGGAGCAGCAGCUGCCCGAGCAGUCCGCCAUGGUCUAAGGAGCAGCAGCCGCACAAGCAGCCUGCCCCUGCCAAGGAGCAGCAGCCGCGGUGCAGCCCGUCCCAUCCGAGAAGGAGUAACCACGUGAGCAGACAACCCUUGUCCGAGGAGCAUUAGCCACGUGAGCAGCCCGCCUCCAUUCAAGGAGCAGCAGCUGUGCGAGUGCCCCCCCACACCCCCACGCCCCCGUCCAAGGAGCAGCAGACUCAUGCGCAGCUCACCCCCAUCAGAGGAGCAGCAGCCACGCAAGCAGCCUACCCCUGUCUGAGGACCACAUGAUCUCAUUUAUGGAAUAUAAUGAAUAACAAACUGAUGAACAAAAACAGAUCCAGAGACAGAGAAGCAUUGAUCAGACUGUCAAACCUCAGAGGGAAGGUAGGGGAAGGUGGGGGUAAGUGGGAGAGAUCCACCAGAGGACUUAUAGCAUGCAUAUAAGCUUAACCAAUGGACACAGACAACGGGGGUGAGGGCAUGAGUGGAGGUUUGAGGGGACAAUGGGGCAAUAAGGACACAUAUGUAAUACUUUAAUCAAUACAGAACAAACAUUAUAAAAAUGUGGUAAUUUAAUGUAUUCUACCAUUACUCAAACCUGAUAAACUUCACAUUCAUUCUAAAAACUGAUCUUAAUAUAACAAAUGUGGGAAAGACACUUAUCUCUAUCCCAUCACUUUCCUACUUGUAUUUUAUUGAACAAUAUGCUAUUAACUGCUCUGCAUUACAAUUUAUUCAUUUGUAAAAUCUAUAAUAAUAAAAGUGUAAUAUGCUGAUUA